AUGAGUUCGAUUUCUUUCAAAAGUAGAGUGAAAGGCAUCGCAGAGAUAUACCGUGCCGUCGUGGCCAAUAAACCCGCUUACUUGCCGGAAGAUUAUCCAGAUCUGACGAACAAAACAGCUAUUGUUACUGGAGCUAAUACAGGUAUCGGAUGGCAUGUCUCCAAACUGUUAUAUGAGAAGAAUUGCCACGUGAUUACAGUGGUUAGAACGGAGUCAAAAGGCUUAGAGGCAUCUGAAACCAUAAAGAAGGAAAUAGCGAGCUCAAAAGGCUCUAUCACAGUGGUAGGUGGUUGUGAUUUCCUGGAUUUGACAACAGUUAAGGAUGCUGGUGAUAAGAUCAAAGCGGCUCUCGGAGAUAAACCUUUAAACGUGGUAAUCCAUAAUGCUGGUUUAAUGGCCCCUAAAAAUCAAGGAACAUCGAAACAAGGGUACGAGGCAAUGUUUUCCGUAAACGUAUUGGGUCCUCAGCUGUUGCAGCAUUUUAUAGAUCCUCUCUUCUUGAAAAAAGAUGAUACCUUGAAGAGAAUUGUGUGGGUAAGUUCUGGAGCACAUUUUUCAGGCUUUCCAGAAUGCGGUAUACAUUGGGAAAAUCCCACAUUUGAAGGGAUUCCUCUCAAUGAAAGACCUGACAAUAUUACUCUCUAUGGACAAUCAAAAGCGGCAAACAUUUUGCAAGCUAAGGGAUGGUCGACUACUCAUAAGGUCAUUGUGGAAAACAUAGGCUGUGUUUCUGUAUCAUGUUUCCCUGGAAUUUUGAAAACGGAACUGAUGAGAGAAUGGGGGACCUCCCUCAAUUAUUUAGCCUCUUGUUUGUUUAAGGAUGGCUCUUAUGGAGCAUAUACAGAGCUGUAUGCGGCACUUUAUCCGGGACUCUCUAUAAAGGACACGGGGGCAUACAUUUUCCCUUUCGGUGAAAUUCAUGACCCUAGAGAGGAUUUGAGAAUAGGUCUGACAGAUGGAACUGAUUUGAAAUUGUGGGAUCUUGUUCAAGAAAAGAUUUCGCCGUUCUUUUAA